AAUAGAUUCAAUGUAAAGCGGGUUUUUUCUAGUCUUAACUUAAAUUGUUUUUAGUUUUCCAAAAUGGAAAAUAAACAAGAAAGGAAAGCUAAUUUCGGGCCGAAGUUGAUAUACCCUAUAAAUAUACAUAUAUUGUUAAACACCAAUGCUGUUCAUCUUUUUUGAGGACAACUAUACUAUACUUUUCCGUAUCACAAUUACUUUGCGGUACAAUCUAAACCUGAUUUUUAAAAAAGCAGAAUUAAUAGAUUCCAAGAUUCCAAACAUUUUAAAUGCGAGACAAAAAGUACCUCAACAACUUUUAAUAUGACCGUUUCAGCGUGUAAGCCAUGAUACAAUAACAUGUUAUUUCUCGUAUUUAAUGAAAGCACAUUGUCACACUGAAAAGAGCCAUUGGUCACACUGAAAAGAACCGCAAACUUGCAAACGCGUGUCCAAACGAAAUAUAACUUAUAUUUAAUCGUAAAAAAAAGAAAAAAAAACAAUGAGGAUGCGGGAUAAAAUGUCCUGCUGGCAGCAGAUUUUAACCAAAGUGCACACCGAUUCGCUUCCGCCGGCGGAAUGGGCGGAGAUUUACAAACGUUUCCUUCAAAGCUGGGAUAAUCCUUACUGCAUCCAAAGCAACAUUAAUCCCUACACGCCGCUUAUGAACCAAUUCCUGGUCAGACCCAGGGAAACCUUGCGGAAAUCGAUAGCCACAGUUCCGAAGAUUGCAGAAUCUCAUCCACCCACCGAUUCCAGAAAGCGCCGGCAUUCCACGGCGCAUUCUGUUCCUCCCAAAGCUCCUUAUCCCAACGGGCGUCGGGACACCAUGUCGCAAUUCGGUCGACCUAAAAGUCCUAGUCCCAGCAAACAUAUGUAUUCCAUAGCUGCUCCUUUUCAAGAGACAAAAGCUUUAAAGGCUAGUACCAAGGAUCAUUAUCCAUACGCGUCCAAUGAUGCUUUCUGGAAGCCAAACAAAAGCCGAGAGUCAAGCCUUAGUGGUUCAAAGCGCCAAAAUACAUUUACCUUCCCUGAUGCUUCUAUCUUUAAUCCCAUCAACCAGAAAGAUUCAUGUGCCUCCGGAAAUGAAAUCGGCUUGAGUACCACGGAGCCAUUUUAUUCUAGUGCUUGCCAGACACCCAAGCGUCGAAAUUCGUCUUUUCCCACACAUAGUCCAGAUUUCAGACUCUGUAAACAACGGGAUUCCAGUGGUUCUUCAGCUAACUUGAUCAAGCGUCGUAAUACAUGUGCUUUUACAAACAGUCCACAAUACACAUUAGUAAACAAUCCUGUAAAGCGACCAGUUAAUUAUCUGCUGCACAAGCGCAAUAAUGGUUUACCAAAGUCAAGGUCAAAGACCAGUUUACAGCUUUCGGAGGAAUCAAGCGACGAAUUAGAUGACCACAUGCCGCUCUCCAAAUGGCUAAAGAAGGUCAAUAAACCAAAAUCGGACGCCCCCAUCAAAGAGGAGGCUCCUGCCGAAGAUUCGACUUUUGACACUAGGCAAGUAAAGCGCAAAAGAGGACGCCCCUCGCUCCAAGAGAAAGCCCAGCUGCAGGUCAGACUGGAGGCGGAAUCUAUAGAGCCACCCUCCAAACCUAUGCAGAAAGUGGCUCAGAAGCAAUUAAAAGGGAUUCAGAACCAUCUUAAAGCACCAUCGAAGCAAAAUACACCGUCAAAACUAUUGCAGAAAACUCAGCAGUUAAACAUUAAGGCAUCAGCGCACGAGAAGAUCAUUCAGCAACCGCAAAACGCGUCAAGAUCAUCUGGAAAGCAGACAGAAAACCCCCGAUUUCAGGGGAACGAGCCCAAAUCCUACAACUCACCACCCCUCAAGAAAAGGAGCAUAAAAAACGUUAGCGUAAAAGCAGUAAGCAGUUUCAUGGACUUUACAAUACCUAACCACUUCCUUUUGUUGCCACAGAUAAGCUCCGAAACGCCGCCUAUGCCAGCCCAUAUGCCACCGACUCCGAUGAAUUUGAAAUGCCUACCAAAAGAUGGAACCCUUGGAAAAAAUGUUGGCCGAAAGUCCAAUAUGUUUAGGAGGCAGCCAAACAAUAGGCCCAGCCAUCUCUACGAGCACAACUACAAUAGGUCUAGUUUCGAGGACAAGCACCAGAGACGAAAGCCUUAUGUGUCCAAAAAAUGUGACAUCAGCGAAGAUCAAAUAGUGGACGACGCCAUGGACCUAACCAGUCCCGUUGGCGGAGGCGAAGCCAGCGCAAAUGAACUCUACCCAAAAGAUGAUAACGUGGCCAACGAGAUUGAGCUGCUUAACUCGCCGAUGGAGUUGUUCCGUGAGGUAGAGGAGAUCGACCGCUGUCUAGAAAACUUUAUCAAUAAAACGCCUAGCGAAAUCGACCAUCAGCUGGCCAACACCACGGAGUUCUUUGAGAAGCUGCCGACUCUGUCGGCGGUGGACGUGAAAGAGUCAGAUUUGGUGGGCAGCAUCUUGGGAGAAAAGGAAGAACUAGACUACGAGGAGGAAGACGACGAUGUGCUCUCGGUGGCUGCCUCCUGUGGUAGUCUCGAAGAUGACAAUAUUGAGGUUAAACCAAAUGAUAAAUCGAAAGCUACAGCGACUAUGCCUGAGCCCAAACCGAUUCAGCAAGAAACUGCAGGAAAUCAAAUCAAAUCAAUUUUAAAGCCACUGAUAGAAACACUUAAGCCUAUUGUCGAAGCAAAAGGGCCGAAAGUGGAGAACACAAAGUCGUUUCGGAUACCCAAAUUAACCGCAGAAGAGCUGAAGACCCAACCGCCAGUGAUGCGUUGCCUCUACAAACAGGAGGAGUUGGAGAAGAAAAAGAAGACUUCUGCCAAACCUUCGCAACGGCCACUGGCUGAUCUUCCGGCAGCUGCAUCCAGUCGCAAGCAGCGGGAAGAGGCAACAGCUGCUCGACGGGCUAAAGAGCCAAUGCCGGUCUUCGCACCACCAUAUCGAGUACCACCCGAAGCAGUUCCGAUGGUUAGUGCCAGCAUUCAACCUUACAUCCCCGAGUUGCCCGUCGCCAUAUCCCAGCCCAAACAACAGGAUACUUCCUGGAUGAAAACCUUGUUUGGGGUCAAAUGCAUGCAGUCUGUGGACAACAAGUGCCGUUCGUUCAACUGCGAUCACUCGUUGAGCAGUUUGGGCGAAGUCCAGAGCCGUUUGAUAAGGAUGGACGAGGAGACCUUGGUAAAUGUCUAUCGACAGUCGCUGAGAUGUAAUUUGCUCUUCCAAACAUACUUCACCUCUUUUGUGGACGUCUUCGAGCUACGUCAGCUCCGGGAGCGUAUGCUGAAUAUGCUGUCCGACUGCCGUUUGCACAGAGGCAUCUCUGCGCCUCUGGUGGCCCACGCAUAUGGAGCUCUCAAUAAAUGCGGCCUCCAGGACAAGGCCGUGGCCUGCAUUAUGGAGCAUGUUUGGAUACCAUGCAAGGCGCACAAGUUUAGGGAUUUGACACUGAUGAUAUUACGUAUAGUUUCGAGCGCCAACUGGGAAGAUUAUUAUGACAAGCUAAUUGAGCUGGACAAGGAUUAUAAAUUCACGAUGCCCCUAGAAAACUUGAUUACAAUACUUCAAUCGUCUGUAGACCAGGGAGAGAAAUUUUUAAAGGCUGCCAAUUUGAUAAUGCUUCAACCAACUGCUAUAUGUGCCAACGAAACUAUUAUGUCGUUUCUAGCAAACGCAUCGAAGUGCCAUAUUCAAAAUGAGUAUUCCAGUUCGAAUUCGCGAGUAUCAGGAGUCGCUUUUAGUCCUCCUCCGCUUAUUUCAGCCGGGCAACUGCGAACAUCUUUUAGAGGACAGCCCGAAGUCCCUAGUUUUAGGGAUCCACCAAUAACCCCUAAUAACCUAAAUGGAAACUAUAGUUUCCAUAACUCCAUUGACCAUACUAACAGUUUAAUAAAGCAUCACAAACGAAUGUAAUUAUAUCUGAAAUGAUCUGGUAUCGAUUCAGCUUCUUUUUGACAUUUAGCAGUAUUUCUGCACCACACUUGACAUAAUUAAAAAUAUCAUAUUAAAGGUAAUUAUAGGAUUUGCCAUAUUUACAAUUUUAUGUAUUGCGGAAUUGAUUAAUAA